UCUUUCUUGCUCAUCCUUUUCAUCGUUUAACCCAAAAAUCGAUUUGAAAAAAUGUCGCAACAACAAAUGCCCGUUGUAUACCCAGUCUCAGACACGGUCCCAACUUCAAACAACUCGUCAAACGGGUCAUAUGGGGCGGUUUUCAUUGUCUUGGCAGUGAUUGUAGUUGUCUCUGCCAUCGGUUGCUUUCUUGGACGGCUCUGUAACAAAGGUCAGGAUGUGGCUAGACCUUAUAAGGAUCAGAGCCAUCCACCAAAAGAGAAAGACGUAAAGCGUAAUACCAACGUCUUUCAAACCAAAGACGGGGACAUUGAAUCUGGAUACGAUAAGAGGUUGGCUAGUGCCAAAGUGGCUGCAACCUCAGGUGAACCAAGCAUGGCUCAACCUGAACCUUUUGGUGAACCAAUGGCGCGACCUAACUCGUUUCAAGAACCAACUGUCAGUCGAACUAACUCCUAUGAUGGACCAAACCAGGUGCGGGCUAACUCGUUUCAUGAACCUGCCAUGGGGAGACCUAGCUCGUUCCACGAACCAACCAUGAGACAACCAAACUACCUUCAGAAGGGUGAAUUUCAAGGUGAUCAAGUGAAGUUUGGUGCGGAUCGAGGUCAUGAAAUAAACUUCAAACCUCGUACUCGCGCACAACGCUACUGACGAGCAUGCAUACACAUUUCUACGAAGUUUAUCCGGUUUUUAAGUUCUUUAACGUUUAUAUAUCAAGUCUAGAAAAUUUGAAGUUUUCAAGUUUGGGUUAUGGGAAUUUAUGAUUAUGAUCUAAUGUAAGGAUUUUAUGCAAGUUUGUUUUGUAAUUUAUAGUGUAUUAGAAUGUUAUGUAUGUUUGUAUCAAGAUUUUGAUUGGAUUAUAUUUUUAAGUAUGUUUUUAUCGUAAGUUUAGUCGUAUUAUAAUUUUAUGUAUGUUCAUGUUGUGAUUUUGAUUGCAUUAUAAUUUUAU